AAACCAUCAAUCAACAAGAACAAGAACAAGACCAAGGAAGUGGAGGAGAAAGAGAAAGAGGAAGAAGAAGAAGGAAGAAUAUGUGAUGGAAGCGCGAGUGAGUGGUUGUCCGAGUGCGGAACUGGUUGUUUCUCUUCCUUGUUCUUCAUCCCUUCGAACCCCAUCUUCUCACCCUCCGAGGUUCUGUCUGAAAUCCUGGGCUGGCUAUCAGAAAUCCUUUAGGAAGCAUUUUAGAGGUCUUGCUGGGACGUGGAGCUUCCACGUGAGGAAGAUACUAAAGUGUCAAGAUUUCGCUGAGGUGUUCUCGGUUCAUGUGGUCGAAGAGGGUGAAACAUUGUCUUCAAUAUCAAAGCAGUAUGGGAUACCUAUCCACACAAUUACGACGUUGAACAAAAGUAUUGUAGACCUUGACCUAGUUUAUGAGGGGCAGGUCUUAAAGAUUCCUCUUUCCAAGAGAUGCACUGAAAAGACAGAGAAGAAGAAAUUACUCGAGUUUGAUUUACAGCAAAAGCAAUGGAAGACGUCGAAGAUGCUGGAUCGCUUCUCAAAGAAGAGGAAUUUCACUGUGUUGAUCUCCCAUCAAUUACCAUAUGCUAAAACCACUGGUUAUUUUCUAGUUCUGGUCGCUCUUAUAGCAUUUUGCAUCAGAUGCAUAAAUAGUGUCCUCUGCACUAGAGUUGCUGGUUAUUUGAGACGGGAAGAUAUCAUAGAGCCAAAGCAACACCAUGAGGUCCCCAAAAGUAAGAGAUGGAAAUCUGCACUACUUGAUGCCAGAGAGCUAGAUGUUUCAGAUCCUGAAUCUAAAUCAGACGUUGGUUGUCCAUCAGAGGAUCAAGCUCAGAGUUCUUCUGAGGAUGGCUUCCAGGCAUAUGGAAAACUUGAAGAGGAUUAUGAGAAAUUCCUGUCGGAAUGUGGGAUAAGUUACUCAGGGUACUGGCGAGGAGGUCUGGAUGAAUAAAGUACUGGACCGUACUUAAUACGACAGGGCUCGACAAUUGUUAAUGACUAUAUAUCCAUACGUGUGUGCGUGCAAUUUCCGUUGUACAGAAUAGUACGUCAACAUAUUUCAUCCUUCAUAUCUGGAUGUUCAUGCACUUGCAAUCAUUCCAGAUCAUUUAACUCUGACCUGGUUGCAGAUACCUGCUGUGAUUUAUGGAUUAUUGUAGGUGAACCCAUAGUGUCAGAGUCCUUUUGGUUUUUCCUUUCAUAUUGGCUAUGGAAACCAAACGAGUCGAUAUGACUUA